CAGAAGGCGGUGACCCCCGGGACCCAGCUUUCACUACCUGUGUGUGUCUAUUAUUUCUCCACCUGCCGAUCUGCCUGAAAGCAAAGAGAGAGCCCUGUUGCAUUGCAGACUGCUGGCCAGACCCCACAAUAUCUGUCGCCCAACGUGGCCUUCUUUGUUCCUCGGCUCAGUGCACUCCAAGUGCGGGUUUGUGAUGACUAGUCUUCAGUCUCGACGGUAAACAUCAAUCUCCUGUUUGGAUUCCUGCUAGACACGUGAAAUGGUGUCCUGAAGAUGCAUACAACAACGAGACACAGAAAUUUGCUGAAAAAGCACCACGACAGGAAACAACUAACACCUCCAAUCAUCAGAAAGAAGAAAAGGACCAUGCUAACUCCUUUACAACAGACAAUCCAGUCAGCUACCCUGAACAACUGUCUCCAGCAAUCCAGGUCUGGCUCAACCUCUGCCUCCUCCUGAUGACACUGAUCCUUCUACCCUCUGUCAUCCAACAGACUGUUAAAAACUAUACAUAUUGGGCCUAUAUUCCUUUUCCUCCUCUUAUUCGAGCCAUGACAUGGAUGGACGCUCCUAUCGAGGUUAUGUUAAUGACAGUAUUUGGAUGCCUGGUUCUGUAGAUGAUCAUUGUCCUGCCCAACCUUCAGAAGAAGGAACCCCUUUCAAUAUUGCUUUAGGUUUUAGGUAUCCACCUUUGUGCCGGGGAUCCUCUAAUGGAUGUCUCUCAUUAGAUAUUCAAACUUGGGCAGUCACACUACCAUCUGGUCACUCUGUCCCUCCUUUAGGACAUUUGAUAUCAGGGCUUUCAUUAAAACCUUUAAGGCAGAUCAAAACAGGAAUCACUGACUAUAUUCACACAUCCCAAUAUAAGCCUUUAGGAUCUGCGUGUCCUCUCAACUUGUCUUCAAAUGCUGACAAAUUAAUAUGGAAGGAUUGUGUUAGUUCAGAACAGUGUUAUUUAAUUCUUCUCACUACACCAUUGUUGAGUGGGCUCCCAAAGGUCAUAUGACUAAUGAUUGCUCUCAAAGUCACAGAGAUUGUCAACAUUUUCUCUAUGAUAAUACUUAUCAAAAAAGUAGUGACAGCCCUUCCCUAUUAUAUCGUACAUUUAACUCCUUUUUUCCUUUUAAGUGGAAAGGGGCAGGGGUUGCCCCUCCAAAGCCAAGGCUCGUUGUUCUCCACUUAGGACCUGAACAUUCAGAAUUAUGGAAAUUAACCAUAGCUAUGACUGGUAUGAGAGUUUGGGCUGGAGGAAGUGUUACAAGUGAAGCCACCUUGUCACCUCAAAAACUAAGACAAUAGAUUGAUUUACAUGACUAUUUCCACACAGCCAAAAAUAUCACUAUGGCAAUCAUCAAAAGAUCAAUUCAAAGGUGAGACAGUAAAGAUUAUGAGGACUUAUACCCCCGCCCCCGUUGCUACUGUCUCCCCACCAUCUCUCAUACAACCUAUUUCCACCACCCCACAUUCACAAAAAAGAAUAUCACCCCAAAAUAUAUAUACCAUCUAUAUGGAGUCCAACAAAACUGUACCACUUAAAAGUUGUGUUAAACCACCUAUAUGUUAUUAGUAGGAAAGAUGCACAUUAGUUCAAAAACCAACAUAAUUACCUGUGUUAAUUGUUACUUGUAUACUUGUAUUGACUCAUCCUUUAAUCGAUAUCAUAGUAUUUUAAUAGUCAGAGCCAGAGAAGGUAUUUGGCUCCCUGUAGCCUUACAUAGGCCUUGGGAAUCUUCCCCUUCUAUCCAUGUUAUUAACAAUAUUUUACAAAAAAUUCUUAAAAGGAGUAAACGAUUUAUUUUUACAUUAAUUGCAGUAAUAAUGGGCUUGAUUGCUGUUACUAUGACUGCUGCUACUGCUGGAGUUGCAUUACAUCAAUCUAUUCAAACUGCUCAUUUUGUGGAUAAAUGGCAAAAAAAUUCUACUCCGAUGUGGAAUUCUCAGUCAGGUAUUGAUCAAAAAUUGGUCAAUCAAAUUAAUGAUCUAAGACAAACUGUUACAUGGAUGGGAGAUAGAAUUAUGAGUUUAGAACAUAGAUUACAAAUGCAAUGUGAUUGGAAUACUUCUGAUUUUUGUAUAACUCCGUUUCAAUAUAAUGAGUCUGUUCACAAUUGGGAAUCAGUAAAACGCCAUCUACAAGGAAGUAAAGAUAAUUUAAGUUUAGACAUAAGCAAGCUAAAAGAACAGAUUUUUGAGGCCUCUCAAGCACACUUAACUGCUUUACCUGGUGCUGAAGUUUUAGACAGUGUCUCUAAGGGGUUAUCUAAUCUCAACCCCAUUCAAUGGGUAAAGUCUUUGGGAGGAUCCACUAUUGCUAAUUUUGUUCUAUGUAAAAUUUGUGCUAUUGGUUUAUUGUUCAUGUGUAAAACUGGAAAAAAUAUUCUUCAAUCCAAUCAUGAUCAGCGCCAAGCUGUGAUUGCUAUGGUUCAUUUAAAUCAGAGAAAAGGGGGAGAUGUAGGGAGACCCCCUGAAACUAUUGCUACAGAAUAAAAGAUGAAAUGCUCCUGAUUAUUGUAAAUACAAAGUUGCAUGCAGGAUUGUGUAAAGACAAUGCCAGGUUGGACUGCCAGAAUAAGCCAACAGCACGUGGUGUGCUUCCCCCUGCAGAGAGCCUA